UUUUCCCAGAGCCGAGAGAGAAAAGCAAGGACACGGAGCAGCUCUAGCAAACAGCAGCGGCACGAACCUUUUUUGGAAAAUAUGGGACGCCACUUUGGAGAUUUGGCAAAGAUCAGACAUGUGAUCACCUACACCAUAUCCCCCUUUGAGCAGAGGGCUUUCCCCAACUACUUUUACAAAGGAAUCCCCAAUGUCUGGAGAAGGGUCACUUCUUCCUUUUUUAAAGUUGCCCCCCCAAUGAUCUUGUGCUACACAUGCUACACAUGGGGCAACACUGUUCAUCAACAAGGCAAGAGGAAGAAUCCUGCCGACUAUGAAAACGAUGAAUAAGUCAAUCCAACUCAGUCGCCUGUUGAAUCCAGUUCUAUAUGUGUCAGUAAUAAAGAUGAUUAUUUAUA